GAAAGAGGAGUGCCUCCCUCUUUCCUUUCCGAAGAGAGGCUGAGGGGGGGCUGGGAGGGCUGCUCCUCCUCCCUCUCCAUCCCUCCAUCCCUCCUCCUCCGAAGCGCAUCCCGACUCGAGCGCCGCUGCUGCUGCUGCCGCCAUGGACGCCUCUGUGGCAGGCGAGAAGGAGCGGGAGGCCGUCCAGCUGGUGGCCGAGGCGGAGAAGAGGGUCAAGGCUUCCCACUCCUUCCUGAGGGGGCUCUUCGGAGGGAACAGGGUAGAAGAAGCAUGUGAAAUGUAUACCCGAGCAGCAAAUAUGUUCAAGAUUGCCAAAAACUGGAGUGCUGCAGGAAAUGCGUUUUGCCAGGCUGCCAAGCUCCACAUGCAACUGCAGAGCAAACAUGAUGCAGCAACUUGUUUUGUGGAUGCAGGGAAUGCCUACAAAAAGGCAGACCCACAAGAGGCUAUCAACUGCUUAAAUACAUCCAUCGAUAUUUACACAGACAUGGGCCGAUUUACUAUUGCUGCCAAGCAUCACAUUACCAUUGCAGAGAUCUAUGAGUCUGAGUUGGUUGACAUUGAAAAGGCUAUUGCUCAUUAUGAACAAGCUGCAGAUUAUUACAAAGGAGAAGAAUCCAACAGUUCUGCCAACAAAUGUCUUCUGAAAGUAGCUGGAUACGCUGCUCAGUUAGAGCAAUAUCCAAAGGCAAUCGAAAUGUUUGAACAGAUUGGAACAAGUACUAUGGAUAACCCGUUGCUCAAACACAGUGCAAAGGAUUACUUCUUUAAAGCUGCCUUGUGCCACUUUAUAGUUGAUGAGUUGAAUGCGAAGCUUGCUCUUGAAAAAUAUGAAGAAAUGUUUCCAGCUUUCACAGAUUCAAGAGAAUGUAAACUGUUGAAAAAAUUACUGGAAGCCCACGAGGAACAAAAUUGUGAAGCAUACACGGAAGCAGUUAAAGAGUUUGAUUCAAUUUCCCGCUUGGACCAGUGGCUGACAACCAUGUUGCUUCGCAUAAAGAAAUCUAUUCCAGGAGAAAAUGAGGGAGACUUGAAAUGAACUCUCCGUACAAUUUGUGGCAUUUUGUGAUUGUCUAUUGAAGUACACUGUGUUGUGGCCAAGGACCAUUCAGGGAUACUUGAUAAAUGCUUCUAGCUUAAAUGACUGGUGUCUUGUUUAGUAUCCUGUUGUGGCUCAUUCAGUGUAACGUUGCACAUGAGUUUAUCUAUUUAAGACUUCUUGUUUCGAUUCUAAAUGCAAAGUGUGGCCUGAUCCUAUGCAUUUUUACUUAUAUGUAAAUCUCAUAUAAGGGGAAACUCUUCCUCGUGUAACUGCGUGUUUAUUUGGAAGCAAGUCCCACUCUGAUCAAGUGAACUUACUUCCUCGUAAUUGCACUCCCAGCUGCAGACUUAAUAAUAAUGUAAAUCAAAUCAACUUUUGUGGAAUGCCAGCCACCCUGAAAUUAUUUGCUCGUAAUCCAGAUUUUCAACUUGGGUGUGGCAGUCGUGAAGAAGGGUUGGCGAUCUGAAAUAUAUUCAAGUUCUUUGAAGAUUUAUCACAGCAGUAUACACAAUGUUCUUUGUGCAUUUUUGGGUCUGGAAGGUGAAGGAAGUCAAGUAAUUUUGUCCUGCUUGAACAAGCUUGACGGCACCUUGUCCUGACGGAAGGUCCAUUGGGCAUUAAGGUUACAGGAGUCCCAUCCUGGCCACUCUAAUAUCCAGCAGAAGAUCCAAAUUGAUAUCGGUGUACUUCUGUUUUAAAAUAUCAGAAUAGUGUCUUGGAAGUAUGGUUUUGAUUUCCUCUUAUACAACAAUGCUGAAUUUAAAACUGAACUGAGAGGGCAACUAACAGACAAAGCUUCCUUUACUGAAAAAGUGGCUAAAGUGUGCCCAUCCCCCUGCUGCUGUUUCACUGCGAUGCCCUUCCUAGUGCAACAACAUCUGGAUGGCCACAUUUUGCCCAUCCCUCCUUUACAGUCCAAUCCCAUGCAUAUUUUCUCAGAGGUUAAUCCCACUGGCUUCAGUGAGGCAAUGGAAGUCAGCCCUGUUUACACACUGAGGAAGCAUGCAUGGGAUUGCUCUGGAAAGGGCGUUUUGUGUGGAAGUUGAGGAUUGCAGCCUUAAAUGGAGCCUCAUUUGAUUCCAAAAUCAAUAUACUUUUUUGAUGAAUGCACAUUUUCUAUUGCUUUUUCCAAAAGUUGCACACGUUAACAGGGUAUUGUGUCUUUAUUCCGAUGACAUGAAUGAAUCAAAAAGCUUUGCUCUAAAUGUUAGUUGUGUAAUUUGAGGCUACUGUUAUCAAUAGAAUUUCUGAUGUAUUUUCUCUAGCUCCAAACUAGAAAGCCCUGUGCAAUAUCGUCCGUUUGUCAUUUGGAAAAGCGUGACCAUGCAUGUGAAUAAAGCAGGACCAGCUCUUUCUUUGCUGGAAGCUCA